AAGAAAUGGAAGUUCAUAAUUGAAGCUCUCUCUCCUCUUAAGUCUCUUUUUGGGCAUAAUCCCCUCAAGAAAAUGGAUAAAAUCCUUUAAAAAAAAAUAAGAACUUGCAUCAGCAAGAUCUUAUGUACUUUACUUCGAUUUUCUUUUGUUUUUUCAAUUCUUUUAUCAUUUUUCUCUCGUGAAAAUUGGUUCUUUUUUGUUCUACUUCCAUGUGUCGUCCUCCACCUGAAUCCUGAGCCAUGCCUUCCCUUCAGGACAAACAAACUCUCUUGCAAGCUCCAAUCUUUCUUCCAAUCUCGCCUACCCUUCGAGAAUCCUGAUUCUGGGCCUCUCUCCUUCCGGCAUUUCGUACAGUGAACAGUAUCUCUGAGCUGCCGCAUUGUGGUACGUUGUCCUGUCCCUGCUCUUCUCUGUUCUGUACUGUCCUGAUUCUGCCACCACACAGACCAUGUUUGAGUCUGAGUUUGCUGAUGGGAAGAGAUUAAGGUUUUGUGCGUCACUUGCCUUGUGGUGGCUGCUCACGGUGGCUUACAGUGCCACUGACCCGAAUGACCUCAAAGUCCUUGACGAUUUUAGGAAAGGGUUGGACAACCCCGAGCUUCUUGAGUGGCCCGUCAAUGGCGAUGACCCAUGUGGGCCCCCCAAGUGGCCUCACGUUUACUGUUCGGGUGAUAGGAUUGCCCAGAUUCAGGUCCAGGGUUUGGGGCUGAAGGGGCUGCUGCCUCUCAAUUUCAAUCAGCUCUCAAUGCUCAGCAACAUAGGCCUCCAGAGGAACGGAUUCUACGGUGCGCUCCCCUCUUUCAGCGGGUUGUCGGAGCUCAGGUUCGCUUAUUUGGAUAACAAUAACUUCGACACCAUCCCGCCAGGAUUUUUCGACGGGCUGAGCAGCUUGCAGGUCUUGGCCUUAGACUACAACCCGCUCAAUAAGACCAGCGGGUGGUCGUUGCCCCCUGAGCUGGCGACAUCAGCCGAAUUGACGAACCUCUCCCUUAUAAAUUGCAACCUUGUGGGCCCGCUCCCUGGUUAUCUGGGCGAGUUGCCAUCUCUCACAGUUCUGAAACUCUCGUACAAUCGGUUAUCGGGUGAGAUCCCAGCGAGCUUCAAUCAGUCUAUGACGCAGAUUCUGUGGUUGAAUGAUCAGGACGGUGGAGGGAUGAGUGGUACAUUAGAUGUGAUUCCCUCGAUGCUAUCACUAACUCAGCUUUGGCUUCAUGGGAACCGAUUCUCGGGGACGAUUCCAGAGAAUAUUGGAGCCUUGAGCUCUCUUAAGGACCUAAACCUCAACCAGAACCAGCUCGUGGGUCCCAUUCCCGAGAGUCUGGCUCGUAUGGAGCUUGAAAAGUUGGACUUGAACAACAACUUGUUUACGGGCCCGAUACCAAAGUUUAAAUCGGUUAAUGUCUCUUGUGAUUCGAACUACUUCUGUCUGCCUGACCCGGGAAUUCAGUGUGCUCCUCAAGUUAAUGCACUUUUGGGUUUCGUUGCUGCUGUUAAUUACCCGGAGAAUCUUGUCAAUCAGUGGACUGGUAAUGAUCCGUGUGAAGGCCCGUGGUUUGGGUUGAGUUGCAAUUCGAUGUCUAAAGUGUCCAUCAUCAAUCUCCCUAGGCAUAACCUAAGUGGUACUCUCAGUCCUUCAGUUGCGGACUUGGAUUCACUUCUCGAGAUCAGGCUUGCAGGCAACCAGUUACAUGGCCAAGUUCCUGAGAACUAUACUGAACUCAAGUCAUUAAGAUUGUUGGAUUUAAGUGGAAACAGUCUCCAGCCUCCGUUGCCCAAGUUCCGGAACAGCAUAAAGGUUGUGAUUGAGGGAAAUCCUUUAUUGGUCAACCAAAAAAUGCCGAGACCGGGGCCCUCUGCAGCACCGUCUCCCGAUAGUUCACCAUCUCCAACAAAUAGAACAUCAACAAGUGACCCACUUCCAACGAAUUCGAAAGGCUCAAAGACCCCUCUCAAGGGCUCGAACUCUGGACCUGCUCCGACCCAAGUUCAACCUCAAAUGAGAAGAAACAGACACUACAAACUCAUUCUGGUGGGCUUUUCCGUUCUAAUGAUAGUCCUCCUUGUGAUUCUUUUAUCGGUAUAUUGUUGUUGGAAGGGGAAGAAGAAAGCCAGUGUCGAGGCUCCAAGCUCUAUUGUUGUGCAUCCCAGAGACCCAUCAGACCCAGAGAAUCAAGUCAAGGUAGUGGUUUCCGAUCAUACCAAUAUGAGCCUUUUUACCCAUAGUUCUGGAAGCAGACACAGCACUGGGACAGAAAAUUCUCACAUGGUAGAAGGUGGAAAUAUCAUCAUCUCCGUUCAAGUUCUUAGUAAGGUGACAAAGAAUUUCUCGCCGGAAAAUGAGCUAGGACGAGGCGGAUUUGGGACUGUUUACAAGGGAGAGCUCUAUGAUGGAACCAAAAUCGCCGUGAAGAGGAUGGAAGCUGGGCCGGCAAGCAGCAAGGCCCUAGAUGAGUUCCAGUGCGAGAUUGCUGUGCUAUCAAAAGUUCGGCACAGGCACUUGGUCUCCCUUCUUGGGUACUCGAUCGAGUCUAAUGAGAGGCUCUUAGUUUACGAGUACAUGCCUCAGGGAGCUCUCAGUAGACACCUAUUCCAUUGGGAGGCGAACGGGCUCGAGCCCCUCUCAUGGAAGAAGAGGUUCACAAUUGCCUUGGACGUGGCCAAAGGGAUGGAGUAUCUCCAUAGCCUUGCAGGCCAGAUUUUUAUACACCGUGACCUUAAGUCCUCGAAUAUUCUUCUCGGAGAUGAUUUUCGGGCCAAAGUUUCUGACUUUGGGCUCGUAAAACUCGCACCUGAUGGAGAGAGGUCUGUCACAACCCGACUUGCCGGUACUUUUGGGUACCUUGCUCCCGAAUAUGCUGUUAUGGGGAAGAUCACUACGAAAGUGGACGUGUUCAGCUACGGAGUGGUGCUGAUGGAACUCCUGACGGGAUUGACAGCCCUCGAUGAGAGCCGCCCAGAGGAGAGUCGCUACCUGGCUGAGUGGUUCUGGCGGAUCAAAUCGAGCAAGGAGAAACUCACCAAGGCUCUCGAUGGGGCAGUCGAGGCGAAUGAGGAGACCCUGGAGAGCAUAUCCAUAGUGGCUGAUCUUGCAAGCCUAUGCACUGCACGGGAGCCCAACCACAGGCCGGACAUGGGCCACGUGGUUAAUGCACUGACCCCACUGGUUGAGAAAUGGAAGCCGACGAACGAUGAGUCAGAUUCUCCUUUCGGGAUCGAUUUUGGCCUCCCACUACCGCAGAUGUUGAAGGUUUGGCAGGAAACAGAGAAGAAUGAAUCGGGUAGUACUACUACUCUUGAUGACAGCAGCGGAAGCAUUCCUGCCCGACCCACUGGGUUCGCGGAGUCCUUCACUUCAGCAGAUGGUCGAUGAGUAACAAAGGUGAUUAUAUAUUACUGCAAAUUGCCAUGCGUCUUUCACUUGAGAUUACUCCCUAUAUUUUCCAGGACGGCCUCGGUCGUUUGAUGUAUGUAGCAUUAUUUUUAACUCGUUUGUUCUUCCUUAUGCGUCUCUGUUUCAUUCUGUAACUUGAAAGAGGAGUGGAUUCAGUUCAUUAGUUAUGCAGAUACAGACAAGUUUCAUCACAGUGAAUACGUAUAGUGUCUUUGUUGAUGUUGCUCUGCUGCAUUGAGUUUCAAGAUGCAUGUACCUUGUGUAUGUUCGGAGCCCAUUGAAAUAUAUGAAACACCCAAUUCUUAUCUGCCGA